AUGACUCCUGCGGAGUUCCAGUCCAUGGAUGCGGGCCGCACCGCGCCCCUGACACUUUUCUACACGAGCCUGGCGAAGCAGGACGCCGACGGCGUCCCCGUCGACGGCGCGCUCCUCGUCCACGGCAAGUCGACCCAUGACAUCGACGAGGAUUACACGGUCGUCAAGCUGGCCGGAAUCGCGGUCGCCGACGCGCCGUUGGCCGUCGCGUCCUACGCUGUCUCCGUGCGGGCGCUCCCGGCCGCUAUCCUACGCGCGCCGGGCAGACACAAGUACGAGGCCACGCGCCAGGCCUUCGGCGGCCGGGGCCGCGGCCCGAGUUCCGUCAAGACCGGCCUCGUCGACAUGGUCCUCGUCUUCAAGAAGCAGUCCUUCGAGAUCUUCCCGCUGGGCGGGCGCCUCAUGUACGCCGCCGAGGACUUCGCAUUCUACGACGCCACGUAUUCUCCAGCGACGGCGAAUUCCAAGAUGCGGCCGAAGAUCAUUACCUACGUGGUCGGGACGGACCCCUUUUGGCACGGCGCCGAGGUGUGCCACCAGCUCAACAAGCAGAUCUCGAACCAGCUCCGCGGCACGUGCUACGAACGCCACGUCGGCGUGCGGCGCACGCCCGUCAACCUCCGCGGCGGCAAGCGCAUGACGCUCUACGUCGUGGUCGGCGACUUCGACUCUUCCGACAUGGCGCGGAUCCGCGGCAAGCUGCGGCCCGUCUCAUACCUCACGGUCAAGUUGCUCUUCUACCACGUCCCCGAGCAGGUCGGCAAGGUCCAGACCCGCGUCGAAGAACGUUUCAAGCAGUCUGACGGCCGCGAGGCGCGCCGCCUCAAGCAGCUCUUUGUGUCUUUUCCGCCGGGCCUCAUCGGCCACGCCUCGUCGUCCGAGACGAUCAGGUUCCACUACCAGGUCAAGUGCGACGAGCUGUCGUGGUCGCACGAGAUCGAGGACGUCAUCUACGGCUCCCGGACGGUCCCGCCGGACCACCGUUUCGCGUACCUCCAGUUCUCGACGGUCCAGGCGGUCAUGGACCUCCUGGAGCUGUCCGAGCAGGGCCGGCUCGCCGCGAUCUUCGGCCGCGACAACCUGGCGGCGUGCAUGGACGCGCGGGUCGAGGUGCCGAAUGCGGUUCACCGCAUGGACAACGAGACCGCGAGCAUGCUGUCGCGGGCGUCAAAUGCGGGUGCGGACAACCGCGCCGAGCUACGCUCCACGGAGGACCUGCUCCGGGAGUUCGGCCUGGACGAGCCCGACUAUGAUCGGGCGAGUUCGGCGGGCGGCGACCGGGAGAGCUCGGUAGCCGCGGUGACGGACACCGGCUCGCAGCCCUUCUCCGUGCCGCCCGUGCCGCCGCCGGGCUUCGCCGCGGGCUUCGGCGGGCCCUUGGCCCUGCCGCCCCGACGCGACGUCGUCGAGCUCGCGCCGCGGCGCCUCGACGCCUGGGGCGACGACGGCGACGCGCUCCCGGUGACCCCGCCCGGCGACGCGCUCCCGGGAACCGCCCCCGGCGCCGCGCCCGCGGUGACGCCCGAGCGCUGGGAGUCGCGCGCCGACGGGCUGCUCAGCGCGGCCGCGCCGGCGUUCGCGCCGGCGGCCGCGGCCGCGCCGGCGCCCUUCGCGGCGCCGCCGCUCGGGUCGCUCUUCGCCGCGCCCGCGGCGCCCGCGGCCGCGCCCGCGGACCUGACGCGCGCGGACUACGCGCCGACGCGGCCGUGGCGCCGCGGCCCGGCCGACGACGCGGCCGUCGCCGCGCUCCGCGGCGAGCUCCGAAACGCGCCGGCGCCGCCGACGCUCAACAAGGCGCGGGCCGCGCUCCAGCGCGCGCUCCGCCUGACCGAGUCCGUGAAGACGGUCCCCCUCCGCGCGUUCCUCGACGCCUACGGCGACGUCCGAGUCUUCGAGGUCACGGUCCGCCGCGACCGCGUGUUCCUGCUCUAG